AUGAGUUCAUACUUCGGUGCCGGUCAUGACUGGCAAUCAACUGAAUUACCACUCAAUCAUUUCACUGCCGGAAAAGUUUGCUCUAAUGUCUACAAUACGCCAUUGGGUGAUACCCGAGCCCUUGCCAAUGGUUACCAGUCAUACCAUUCACCACAUCAAGGAGCUUAUGUGAUGACCCCAACUCCGACAAUGUCCCGUUAUGGCGGUACAGAUCAUAACCAUCCCAUAGGACACAACCGAUUCAUCGAAAACUCUGUUGCUUUUUCACAUCAUUCCCAACAUAAUAGUCAUAGUCAUCAUAUGAGUCCUCAUACACAUCCUUCUCUGCAACACCACAGUCACGCACAUCAUCCACAUCCAGAUCACGUAUUUACGGGACAGGCACUUCUUAGUGGAUCUACAGGGACACCAACUGUUACACUUCAAGCUUCUGUACCAUAUCAUGCACUUAGUCAACAUGCGAGCCCUACUGGUGUCCACUCACUGCCAAUACAUGGCCACAGUGUCACUAAUCUGUUACAAACAGAUGCCUUGCUUCAAGAUAGCACCGGUGGUAAUCGUGUUGUCACUCCCGACCAACUUUGUGGAACAUCUCAUAACACCGGUUCGGUAACACAUCCGUCUCAUCAAAUCUAUCCAUUGAAUCAAAGUCCUGCCUCAUGUAAACUAAGUGCUAAUUAUGACACUAAAUAUGAGUCCAAAUAUAUUAUUUCUGAACAUAAAUUUGAGAACAAUUCAAUCACUACUGGAACCACCCGUUCCACAUCAACUACAGAUGGAUCGCCUGCUUUUGAUACACCGCCACCCACUACACCUGAAUUAACAUCAAUUAAAUGCCAAUUAAAUCCGCAUCAAACACCACAACAAGCCAUACAUCAACAGCAACCACAGCCGCAAACUGGUAGUAAUAAACAGUACUAUCCGUGGAUGAAAUCAUAUCAGGACUCAGGACAGGGACCAAAACGGACGCGACAGACAUAUACUCGUUAUCAGACAUUAGAAUUAGAAAAGGAGUUCCACUUUAAUAAAUAUCUUACACGAAGAAGAAGAAUAGAAAUCGCACAUACAUUAGGUCUGACUGAAAGACAAAUCAAAAUUUGGUUUCAAAAUAGAAGAAUGAAAGCCAAGAAAGAAAACAAAAUCAAAUCGGAUCCAAAUUCAAGUGAUGGCAAACUCAUUGAUGAUAAUGACGAUUCCAAUGUUAUUAUAUAA